AUGAACUUUUUGGAUACUUACGACAUAACUCGAUCUCCGACACCACAACCUACUAGUGCGCCAGAACAACCGAGUCUCAAUGAGGAAGUCAAUCAGGUAAUUGGCCAACUCGGCCGUUUCUGGGGAGGUUUCAGGAAACAGAGCCAAACCGUAUUGGAGGUAGCGCGAAAGGACUUUGGUGAGGUCGUGAUGCAGGCUCAGAAGGAACUGAGCAAGCUCACGACCGAUGCUGCUGCCGUUCCUGAUGCUGCCUCGACUGAACGAGGGGAAGCAGCAUCGACGAGCUCAAGGGAUGUAGAGGGGCCUUCCAACGACGCGGAGGGCAGUUUGCCAGAAGAACGGGCCAUCCAUGAGGACGACCCUUCGUCUUCAAGUCUCCCACAAGCAUCCCUGUUUUCACGUCUCCAAUCUGCCUUACCUCCCAAUAUCGUCGCAACUGUAAACAGCACAAUCCCCGAGUCUCUUAAACAUGCUACGGACAACGUUGAUUUUGCUGGCAUACGCUCAAACCUCCUUACAGAAUUCCAGCGCGUCCAAGGUGUCACGCGCGCCCAGGCUGAAGAAUACGUGCACAAAAGUGAGGCGUUACUGCGCGAAGCUUAUAAAGAGGCUGGAGAGGUCUUGAAAGACGCAGUGAAGGUCAUACCACCUGAACAAGUCGGAACCUCUGCGGGAGGCACGGCGUCGACGGCAUUGGUUUGGGAUGGGACGGAUAUGUGGAUGUUGCCGUCGGAGGCAUCGACCUCGGAAUUAUCAACUGUUGUAUUCGACUCGCAGCCUCGACAGUCUGGAGAUACUCAGCGGGCUGUGGCUACUCGUGCUGAGGCACUUUUGAGAAGACUACAACGCGACCCUUCUAUCAUAUCACACGACCCCGAGGCGGAAGCUAAAGAGAAAUACCGUGCGUGGCUUGAGGCGGAGGUGGAGCCGAAAGAAGGUGGGAUUGAGGGCGCGGAGUGGGGAGCUAAGGUUUCUGAGGCGCUAGAUGAGCCUCAUGACGGCCAGGCUCUGAAAGAUCUGCAAGACACGUUAGUUCCGUCCGUCAUGACGAGAUCAGUCUUUUGGUCGCGAUACUUCUUCCGUGUUCAUCAAAUACGACAAGAGGAGGAGAAGCGGAAAGCUCUUGUUGCAGUGUCGUCGGAUGACACCGAAGACGAUUUCAGUUGGGAAGACAACGAAGAUGAUGCCCCUACACCUGCGAUUCAAUCGACGGCGACCUUCAAAGCUCCAACGAAGCUCCCUAAUGGUGAACUUUCGCCUCCGGCUUCACAGUUACUCACAGGGACGACCUCGAGCCCACGAUUGAGCAGCGAAGAUGGAUUUGACGUUGUUUCUUCUGCAAACGUAAGUGUCGCUGGUGAACCAUCCAAGACAAAUACCCCUUCAGACGAUGGAGAUAGUGACUGGGAGUGA